CAAUCUCGCCGUCCUCCCCUCCUCCUCCUCCUCUAUAUAAACACCACCCUAAGUCCCUAACCCACCCAAACACCACCGCACCCACCAAUGGCGUCCUCCACCAAGAUCCCCUUCCUCCUCCUCGCCGUCCUCCUCCUCCUUUCCAUCGCCUUCCCAUCGGAGGUGAUGGCAGGAGGGCGCGGGCGCGGCGGCGGCGGCGGCGGAGGGGUGGCCGGCGGCGGGAACCUGAGGCCGUGGGAGUGCUCGCCCAAGUGCGCGGGGAGGUGCUCCAACACGCAGUACAAGAAGGCGUGCCUGACGUUCUGCAACAAGUGCUGCGCCAAGUGCCUGUGCGUGCCGCCCGGCACCUACGGCAACAAGGGCGCCUGCCCCUGCUACAACAACUGGAAGACCAAGGAAGGCGGCCCCAAGUGCCCCUAAGAUGCAUGCCUUUUUUUCUUUCUUCUUUUUUUUUUGUUUUUUUACCGUAUGAUUAAUACCUCCUACUAGUUCUACUACAUUGGUGUGUCACUGCCUCACUGACACUGGUUUAGCUCAUGGAUCCGGUUGAUUAGUUAAUUGGUGGUGGGUUUUAUUGCUAGAUCUGGGCUUAUAAGUAUUAGUUUAUCCUGUUCUAGUAAGGUUGUUGGUUGGGGGAAUGUGUGCGAGAGAGGAGAGUGAGGAUUCGUCAAAGCUGGUCAAAAACUUGGAUCCCCUCUCCCUGUAGUGAUUGAUUGAUUUGCUACUACUGGAGUGUGCUUUGCCGGAAUCAUUUGGUGCUCUGCUCACCCAGCAUUGAAAUUUGAGACAAUGCUUAGUAUACUUAAGUACUGGAGUAGUAUAAUUUCA